AUUUAUUCUUUGGCUGUCCACUGGCUAUUGCUGUUUGGAUACACUCAGCCAAUAAGCUGAAAAAACUUACAUGUUGGCCAUAUGAUUUGUACCACCACUAUCAAUAUUCCAAACAUAUUUUUUUUUGACUCGCACACUUGGGAUACAACAAAUAAAAACUCUUCAGCUUCUUGAUCUUCACUGAAAUUGGCUUGUUGAGAAGACUGUUGCUGAGAUUGAUUUUGCUUUGCUUUGCAACAUCUUUCAAUGUGACCUUUCUUCUUGCAAAUAUUACAUUGAGUCUUUUUUCAACAUAUAUCUUCAGUGUAAUUGUCUUCCCACAAGUACCACAAGGUGGAAAUUUUCUUCUUCUAUUAUCAUCUUUAUUUUCUGCUUCACUCUCCUUUGUGCUUGGUGAGGCCUUUCCUUUGUGUUUGGCUUGAGAGGUUAUUAUCAAAGGGAACUCUUCAAUUGUCUUCCAUGGAUAUAAGGGGAAUUCAAUGCCUCUUGUCAUUAUUGACAUUGUCUAGGAUUCUCUUCUUUUAGCUAGUGAUUCUAUUCAUGUAUCUUUAAAUUCUGUUAGGAGCGAGGCAAAUAGUGCUACUCAUAAUUUAAUUCAGAUGUUUUUCAAAAAUACUUUUUUCAGAUAUAAUCCAUCUCUUCAGAUAGAGUUUGCACACCAUCUUUUUCCAUUUUGAUGGCUUCUAUAUGAAAUUAUAACUUUCGAAUAAAAAAAAUUGUUUUCUUUACUGUUUACAAAAAUACCUACCGAUUAGUUUUUUUUUUUUUAUUAUUAUUAUUAAUUUAAGAGUCGGUUGUCUUCUCCAAACCAAAGUCUUCGUUUCCAAACUCGGUCAGAAAAAAAAAAAAUGUCUGAGGGUGGCAUGACUGUCCUAGACGGAACCCAGCUCAGAUCGCUCCAGGUGAGCUUGCCGGUUUCCGACGUCACUCUCACUGGAGCUAAACUACUCGAUUUCGCUGAUUCCAUAUCCUCUGACUCCCUUUUCGGCCUCUCACUGCCUCAAUGUCUCAAGUCCAGCGCUCUCCGACGUGUCAACGUCUAUGAUGAUGUCAGUUUCCGGCGUUCCGAACUCACCAAAGAAGCAGCAACGUCAAAGCUCAACGACUAUCUCACUGCCAUAGCUGAUGAACUAAAAGAUAAUCCGUUAGUGGUUUCGAUUUUGGAUGGGAAUACCCUGCGGCUGUUUUUGGAGGAUGAAGACGAUUUUGCAAUGUUAGCGGAGAAUAUAUUCACUGAUUUGGAUAUAGAGGACAAGGGAAAGAUCACCAAGGCUGAGAUGAGAAAUGCGCUUGUUCACAUGGGAGUUGAAAUGGGUGUCCCUCCUUUUGAAGAAUUUCCUCUGCUAAAUGACAUCUUAAAGAAGCAUGGAGCAGAGGGAGAAGUAGAAUUGGGCCAAUUACAAUUUGCUGAGUUACUUCAGCCUAUUCUACAAGAAAUUGCAGAAACUUUGGCUCAAAAACCUGUUGCUGUUAUCCAUAACACUGAGAUUGUCAAUGGUUGCAAGAUAAGAAAGCUUUUGACUGAUGAAAAGCAGCUGAACGAUGUCGCAGAGAAGAUAUUGCAGGAAAAGAGGAGCAAGAAGGAUUACCAAAACAAUACAGAAAUAAUAAGGCGUUUCCUGGAGGCAAAUGGGAAAGAGUUGGGCUUGCCACCAUCAGAAGCCAACGAAGCAGUGGUCCUUCUUUAUGAUGCAGUAUUUGCCGAUGUACAGAGUGGGAAAUGUGCUGCAGAAUCAGAGGAGGUAUUCAGGGAACUCGUAAAGGAAAUUCUUGAGAAGUUUGCAGAGCAGCUCGAGGCCAAUCCCAUCUACUGUGAUCUUGACAAUUGAGGGCUGGCAACUAGCAAGUUGAUAUAUACACAUAUAUACAUGAGUAUGCAUUGUAAUAUUAGUGAUAUAUCUUGGUUUCAGUUGCGAAGUACCGAUAGUCCGGCCUAGUUUAACAAUUAUAUUCGAUUCAGUUGCGUUACCUGUG